AUGGGCCUGGCGCGGGCGCCCGCGGAGCCCCGGCCGCGCUGCCUGCUUGCUCGGGCGCCCCUGGGAGCCGGACUGCGCUGGGGGCGCGGGGGCCGCGCGCACUUCCAGCGGAACGUCAGCUUCCUGCCCCUUCCUGCGCCCCUGCAGGGCGGGCCGCCAAGGGUUAACGCGGGCAGCGCCCCCGGCCCGGCGAGGGUUGGCGAGCCGAGCGCUGCCCGCCCUGCCCCGCCUGGCGCGGCGGCCGGAUCGCGUUGGGGCGGGGGCCGAGCUGGGGAGGGUCGCUGCAGAGCCCGCCCCGGGGUCGAGAUUGAGGGCUGGGGGUGGUGCCUGGAGCGGGGAUUUCUCUUCACCUGGAUCUUAGUUUCGCUCGCCUGUCACCUGGCCUCCACCCAAGGAGUUCCUGAAGAUGUGGACGUCCUCCAGCGGCUGGGCCUCAGCUGGACGAAGGCAGCGGGCGGCCGGAGCCCCCCGCCCCCAGGGGUCAUCCCGUUCCAGACGGGCUUCAUCUUCACGCAGCGGGCCCGGCUCCAGGCUCCCACGGCCGCUGUUGUCCCUGCCGCCCUGGGCACGGAGCUGGCGCUGGUGCUCAGCCUCUGCUCCCACCGGGUGAACCAUGCCUUCCUCUUCGCUGUCCGCAGCCGGAAGCGCAAGCUGCAGCUGGGCCUGCAGUUCCUCCCCGGCAAGACUGUGGUCCACCUGGGGCCCCGGCGCUCCGUGGCCUUCGACCUCGACGUCCACGACGGGCGCUGGCACCACCUGGCCCUGGAGCUCCGCGGCCGCACGGUCACCCUGGUGACGGCCUGCGGGCAGCGCCGGGUGCCCAUCUCGCUGCCUUUCCACAGGGACCCAGCGCUCGACCCUGACGGCUUGUUCCUCUUUGGGAAGAUGAGCCCGCAGGCGGUCCAGUUUGAGGGGGCCCUGUGCCAGUUCAGUAUCUACCCCGUGGCGCAGGUCGCUCAUAAUUACUGUACCCACCUGAGAAAGCAGUGUGGACAGGCUGACACCUACCGGCCUCAGCUGGGACCCUUCUUCCCCCGAGACUCUGGCACACCCCUCAUCUUCCAGAGCGAUCCCGCCCAGCUGGGCCUGGAGAACCUGACCACUGCCAUGCCAGCCCUGGGGUCACGGCCGGCAGGCAGGGGGCCUGGGGUGACCGUGGUGCCUGCCGUGCCCAUCAAGCCCACGAGGACUAUCACCACAGGCCCGCCCCAGCCCAUCACAUCCCAUCCAGCCUGGACCCCCCUGCCCUCCGCCAAGCUAUCAGCCAGUGAAGGGCCUCCUCCCGUGUCCCCAGUCCCUCCCGCCAGCUCCCCCAGACCUGUCCAGCCAUUGCAGAAGAACACAGCCACCAAGACCCCUAAGAGUCACCCCGCCACACCGUCAGCCCUUUCUCCUUCAAUUGCCCCGGUCAGAAGCCCCCGCCCCACCCAGAAGACAGCUCUGCCUGCCUUCAUAAAGCCAGCCUCACCCACCAAGAAGCUGGUGCCACCUACUUCCCAGCCCAUUCCUGCCAAAGUCUCCCGUCCCACAGCGAAGCCGAUCCAGAGGAACUCCGGUAUGCCCAGAUUCCCGCCACCCAGUGCCCGGCCCCUACCUCCAGCCGCUGGCUCCUCUAAAAAGCCUUUGCCCCCAGUGGUCCGGGCUGAGGCCAAGAUGAGUAGUCGUGCCAGUGAGCCGGCUCCUGCCCGCACCAGCACACACAGACCUCCCCCACCCACAGUCCCGCCCUCAUCACCUGUCCCCAGUCCUAGCCCUCCCAGGACCGCUCGGCCACUGGCCACAGCGAUGCCUCCCACCCUUGCUCCUGGUUCAGCCUCCACUGGAAGCAAGAAACCCACUGGAUCAGAAGCCACAAAGAAAGCCAGACCCCGGAAGCCCGUCCCACUCAGAUCCGGGAAGGCAGCCCGAGAUGUCCCGCUGAACGAUCCGACAAGGGAGUCCAGCCCCAGGCAGCCCCGGGCCAGGCAGCAGACCACCCUGGCCCCAGCGCUGGCCCCGGCGCGAUUCCUGUCCUCCAGCCCCCAGCCCAUGAGUACUGGCUAUUCACUCUUCCACUUGGUGGGACCCACACCUUUCCUGCUGCUGAUCGGACCUCCGGGACCCAAGGGAGACUGUGGUUUGCCGGGUCCCCCUGGACUGCCUGGGCUUCCUGGACCCCCUGGUGCACGGGGUCCUCGGGGUCCUCCUGGGCCUUAUGGAAAUCCAGGCCUCCCUGGCCCCCCUGGAGCCAAAGGACAGAAAGGGGACCCCGGGCUCUCACCAGGAAAGGCCCACGAUGGGGCAAAGGGCGACAUGGGCUUGCCCGGGCUCACUGGGAAUCCAGGACCCCUUGGACGAAAGGGACAGAAGGGUUAUCCUGGACCGACGGGGCACCCCGGAGAACAGGGGCAGCCGGGACCCGAGGGUAGCCCAGGGGCCAAAGGUUACCCUGGCAGGCAGGGGCUGCCUGGACCCAUAGGAGACCCUGGGCCCAAAGGCAGCCGGGGCUACAUUGGACUCCCGGGGCUCUUCGGCCUGCCAGGGUCCGAUGGCGAGCGAGGCCUGCCUGGCGUUCCUGGCAAGAGGGGCAAGAUGGGUAGGCCGGGGUUUCCUGGAGACUUUGGGGAAAGAGGCCCUCCAGGACUGGAUGGAAACCCUGGAGAACUGGGCCUGCCAGGGCCCCAAGGAGUCCCCGGCCUCAUCGGCGACAUGGGAACACUGGGUCCGAUCGGCUACCCAGGACCCAAGGGCAUGAAGGGACUGAUGGGAAACGUGGGGGAACCCGGACUGAAAGGUGAUAAGGGUGAACAAGGGCUUCCCGGUGUGUCAGGAGAUGCCGGAUUCCAAGGAGACAAGGGAAGCCAGGGCUUGCCAGGGUUCCCAGGUGCACGGGGGAAGCCAGGGCCUGUGGGCAAAGUUGGAGACAAAGGAUCCAUUGGGUUUCCUGGGCCCCCGGGACCUGAGGGAUUCCCUGGAGACAUUGGCCCCCCCGGGGACAACGGCCCAGAAGGCGUGAAGGGUAAGCCUGGAGCUCGAGGCCUACCAGGACCCCGUGGGCAGCUGGGGCCCGAGGGAGAUGAGGGGCCCAUGGGGCCACCAGGGGCCCCUGGCUUGGAGGGUCAGCCCGGCAGGAAGGGGUUUCCUGGAAGACCUGGCCCAGAUGGCUUGAAGGGCGAGCCAGGCGAUCCUGGAAGGCCGGGGCCUGUGGGCGAGCAGGGACUUCUGGGAUUCAUUGGUCUGGUCGGGGAGCCAGGAAUCAUGGGAGAAAAGGGUGACCGGGGCAUGAUGGGACCCCCAGGCGCGCCCGGACCCAAGGGGUCGAUGGGCCAUCCUGGAACCCCAGGUGUGGUGGGAAGCCCUGGAGAGCCUGGACCUCUGGGUCCUCCAGGAUCUCGAGGCCCACCGGGCAUGCGGGGAGCAAAGGGACGCCGGGGACCCCGAGGACCGGACGGACCAGCUGGGGAGCAGGGGUCCAAGGGCCUGAAGGGCCCGCCAGGACCACAGGGCAGACUGGGCCAGCCCGGGCAGCAGGGCGUGGCUGGCGAGCGGGGCCACUUGGGCACACGAGGCUUUCCUGGCCUCCCGGGUCCCUCCGGUCCCCCAGGCGCCAAGGGCCUCCCAGGAGAACCGGGCCCUCAGGGACCCCAGGGGCCAAUUGGCCCUCCAGGAGAGAUGGGACCCAAGGGACCACCAGGUGCAGUGGGAGAACCAGGCCUUCCUGGGGAAGCUGGCAUGAAGGGUGACCUUGGGCCUCUUGGCAUCCCUGGGGAGCAGGGCCUCAUUGGGCAGCGGGGAGAGCCAGGCCUCGAGGGCGACAGUGGCCCUGCAGGGCCUGACGGGCUGAAGGGGGACAGGGGUGACCCCGGGCCUGACGGUGAACGUGGCGAGAAGGGCCACGAGGGACUGAAGGGCGAGGACGGGCCCCCCGGCCCUCCCGGCAUCACUGGCGUCCGGGGUCCUGAAGGAAAACCAGGGAAGCAAGGCGAGAAGGGCCGGACGGGAGCCAAGGGUGCCAAGGGCUACCAAGGACAGCUGGGUGAGAUGGGCGUCCCUGGAGAUCCUGGACCCCUUGGCACCCCAGGCCCUAAAGGGUCCCGGGGCAGCCUGGGACCAACGGGUGCUCCAGGACGGAUGGGGGCCCAAGGAGAGCCGGGACUGGCUGGUUACGACGGACACAAAGGCAUCAUGGGACCCCUCGGACCUCCUGGACCCAAGGGUGAAAAGGUGGGUGUCUGGUCCUGGGUGGCAACUGCUUUCCAUAUCUGGGGCCGCUGGGAGCGAGUCCUGGGGCCACUGUGGCUGGACUUAGGGGAACAAUGCCACAUGGCUAGGAAGAACAAGGGCUUCCUUGGGGUCCUCCAGGCUAGAAGUUGCCCUGGCCCCCACUCCCUCCAAGAUGAGCCCCUUCACCUGUCUCUCCUUGACUUCCAGGGGCAGGAGGGUGUACAAGGCCUCCGUGGAAAUCCAGGCCAGCAGGGGCAACCCGGGCAUCCGGGACCCCGGGGACGGCCGGGCCCCAAAGGAUCGAAAGGGGAAGAGGGACCAAAGGGAAAGCAAGGCAAGGCUGGGGCGCCAGGACGGAGGGGGAUCCAGGGCCUGCAGGGGCUCCCGGGGCCUCGGGGCGUGGUGGGGAGACAGGGCCCCGAGGGUGUUGCUGGACCAGAUGGGCUUCCUGGCCGUGAUGGUCAAGCUGGACAGCAGGGGGAGCAAGGAGAUGACGGGGACCCUGGGCCCAUGGGCCCCACUGGGAAGAGAGGAGAUCCAGGUGUGGCUGGCUUGCCUGGGGCACAGGGGCCCCCAGGAUUCAAGGGUGAAAGUGGGUUACCUGGGCAGAUGGGACCCCCUGGCAAACGAGGGACAGAAGGUGGAAUGGGGCUUCCUGGGAACCAGGGGGAGCCUGGAUCCAAAGGCCAGCCGGGUGACUCUGGCGAGAUGGGAUUCCCAGGAGUGGCUGGCCUCUUCGGACCCAAGGGCCCCCCAGGAGACCUCGGCUUCAAAGGCAUCCAGGGCCCUCGGGGGCCCCCUGGAUUGAUGGGAAAGGAAGGUAUCAUCGGGCCCCUAGGAAUCCUGGGGCCUUCGGGACACCAGGGUCCAAAGGGCGACAAAGGCAGCCGAGGGGACUUGGGAUUGCAAGGUCCGAGGGGUCCUCCCGGUCCCAGAGGGCAGCCCGGCCCACCGGGUCCUCCAGGGAGCCCUGUCCACUUUCAACAAGACGACCUUGGGGCAGCUUUCCAGACGUGGAUGGACACAAGCAGCGCACUGAGAGCGGAGAGUUACAGCCAUCCGGACCGGCUGGUGCUGGACCAGGGAGGGGAGAUCUUUAAAACCUUACACUACCUCAGCAACCUCAUCCAGAGCAUUAAGACGCCCCUGGGCACCAAAGAGAACCCCGCCCGAGUCUGCCGGGACCUCAUGGACUGUGAGCAGAAGAUGGUGGAUGGUACCUACUGGGUGGAUCCAAACCUUGGCUGCUCAUCCGACACCAUCGAAGUUUCCUGCAACUUCACACAUGGUGGACAGACGUGUCUCAAGCCCAUCACGGCCUCCAAGGUGGAGUUUGCCAUCAGCCGGGUCCAGAUGAAUUUUCUGCACCUGCUAAGCUCUGAGGUGACGCAGCAGAUCACCAUCCACUGCCUUAACAUGACCGUGUGGCAGGAGGGCACCGGGCAGACCCCAGCUAAGCAGGCUGUGCGCUUCCGGGCCUGGAACGGGCAGAUCUUUGAGGCCGGGGGUCAGUUCAGUCCAGAAGUGUCCAUGGAUGGCUGCAAGAUCCAGGAUGGCCGCUGGCAUCAGACGCUCUUCACCUUCCGGACCCAGGACCCCCAGCAGCUGCCCAUUGUCGGCGUGGACAACCUCCCUCCUGCCUCAUCAGGGAAGCAGUACCGCCUCGAAGUUGGACCUGCGUGCUUCCUCUGACCUCUGACCUCCUGGCUCCUCUAGGCCUCGAGGAGGAGGGAAGAGGAGAAAGAGGCAAAGGGAGGGUACCUAGGGGUAGGUGGGCCCAGGAAAGGCAGCUCACCUGCCCAGGGAUCCUUGAGCAGACCCCAGCUGUUGUCUGCCCAGUGGAAGAGGCUGAUGGGUAGCAGGACACAUGGGGUGUCCUUGGGAACAGCUGAUCCCAACUCAGCCCCAAACACCAACCAAAGAGCCGGCCAGAGCAAGCUGGGCCUGCAACCCGUCUGAGCCCCAUGGCCUGUCUCCCAGCAAUGCGGCCACCCCUUCCCUGCCCAGCUUCCUGCCCAAAGAGCCCCACCUUCCAGCCAGCUUGAGAGAAGGGGGCAUCUUGUCAGCUGGUCCCUGCCGGGGAGCUUUGAUGUGCAAUAUUAGAGAGGAGACAUGAAAAAAGGAGAAAAGGAAAGAAGUAUAUAUAUAUUAUUUAAACAAACACAAAGAAGGUGCGUUACUAUUUUUUUUUUUUCAUCUGAGAAAGAUGUGAGAAGGUGAGAGAGCAGCCAGGGGGUGGGAAGUGAUGGAUGCAGAGAGGGAGAGGUGAGAUCCUCGGGGCCGGGGGUGUCCACAUCUGCUACCUCCCACUGUGAAAUCGCUGGUGCUCACAAUUGUCUUGUAGUGUAUGUGAUUUUUUAAGGAAAAAAAAAACUCUAUUUAAGAUUCUGAAGGUGCUACCAUUUUUGCCACAGACUUUGAAGAAACAUUUAGAUGUGGGGUAUCAUCCACGUUUUUCUCUCUCCUCCAAAUAACAAAGUUCGGGGAAUUUUAAAAAUUUUCCUAAUGUCACCCUUGUGCUCAUCAGGUAAUCUGUUAAGGAGGUGGGGAAAGAAGGUAAAAGUGAAAAAAAAAAAAAAAAGCAAAGCAAAAAAACAAAAACAAAAAAUAACCAGAAACAGAAGUAGGAAAGAUUUACCUUUUAACUUAUGGACUUUGAAAUGUUUGUCCUCUGAAGGCAGGGGGAGGCCUGAGCAUGAAGGAUCUUAUUUUGGCCUUUCUUGGUCUUGGAGGGAAGUUAGCUUAUCUUGGAUGGCGUGAUCUAGACUGAGGAGUCCUGACCUUGAGCUUCGACCUUGAAGAAACCAAUGAGGAGAAUGGCGCUGGGUCAGGACUGGCCUUGGAGGUGGAAUGUAAAUACGGACCCAUCUCAUGAAGGCACAGACCAUCUCCUAAGGUCUUCCAUUCUGGAGCUUGUCCUUCCAAGAUAACAGUCAUCACUCUUGCUUUUUUACUGUCAUUCAAUUCUGUAGAAACCCAGUGUUGCUAACUCCAAGUGUAAAUGUGGGCGCAGGAGAAAGGCUUGUUAUGGGAAUCUCAGAGUUCAGCAUGGCAGGGCUCACCAGGGUCAUCUGAAUUGUCCUGUAUCAGUGAACCAGUCAGCAUCCAGGUUGGAUUUUUGAGGUCAUUUUAACUAUGGAAUUAUUUUUAUAGAAGGGGAAAUUUUAUGUGAAAGUCUAUUUGUGUCUCUCUCUCUUUUUUUUUUUCUUUCUAAAGUUGUGUCUCUUUGGGAAUUGGAUUUGAUUUUCAUUAUUCAAUACCUCACUCCGGCCCGCCCCCAUGCCCCGCCCACCGCCCCCUUGCUCCCGGAAGUGCGUUUUUUGUAGCAGCUCGGGCCUCAUCUCAGCCCUCGGUCUCCCAAGCCGCCAGUCUCCACCUGGCCUCUGUCUCGGCGUCUGUCUUGUCCUUGGGUUUCUCUGCUGUCCUCGUUCACGUCUCUGUCCACAUGUCAGUGUGUUAAAACCCAAGUGGGUUCUGUUUCUCCUUUUCCCUUCUGGAUUUUAAAUAAAUAUUUAAAACUGAGGCAAUGGAAUGA